AUGGACCCAAGACACAACCCAUCCACGUACCCACAAGUCUGCCCGGCUCUAGUGAGAACCAUAUCUGGUUCCUCCAGCAUCGCCACUAUGAAGAAAGUCAUUCAACAGCUCCAGCUGGAAGCCAGGCUCCACUGGGUGAAGGUUUCCCAGGUAGCUACAGAUUUGAAACAAUUCUGUCUGCAGAAUGCUCAACAUGAUCCCCUGCUGACUGGAGUAUCUUCAAGUAAGAAUCCCUUCAGACCCCAUAAAGUCUGUCACUUUUUGUAA